UUGGAACCCUCGGGAGUCAUUAUUCUUGAAAGACCUCGUCCGUGGAUCGGCAGGACUUUUUAUUAUUUCCUAUUUAUUUCUGAAUCAAAAAGAAAAGGAAAAAGAAAAAGAAGAAAAAAUAUGAAACCUCGGCCAGCGUUCAGCUGGCAGGUGGCGUUUUCCCGCGGGUGGACGAUAAGCGAGGCCAAGAAUUCGAACAAGAACGGGUUCCUGAGAAUCCCUCCCAAAAGCAGGAGGGGUGCAGCAAAGCAAGACAAGGAAGGAGGGUAGGAGUCGUGGUGGUGGGUGUCCGGAAGUAUUGUACGAGUACUCGUACUGUGGUGGUGGUGGCAGUAUGUUAUGCAACGGCAGCAAGCAACUGACAGUAGCCGAACGGCUUUUCUGCGCCAAACUCGUACGAGCACUUUAUCGCACUGGACUUGCACAGCGCCCUGGCCCCAGUGUAAAAAAAGGGGGGAUGAAAAAAAAGGAGUGGAAAAUAAAAUGAAAUAAGAAAUGGAUUGGUCCAGAGUGCGGAUCCACUCGAUCAUGGUUCAGGACGAUCCUGCGUAUCCCUGCCAUUGAACAAAACGGCUGAGUUGUCCUUUCUCUCUCUCGUCAUCUUGACAUUUCCCCCCUUGGCUGUUGCACUCUAUCGAACAUUCUCUUUAAAGAAGACGACAACAGAAUAACAAACGACAUCAACGAUCCAGAAUGGCCCGGGGAGUUCAGCGCGGAAAAAGCGCCUCGGAGGACGCCACCAAGAUCAACAAAAUCGAUGCGAGACCUCACCUAGAAGGCCGAGCGCCGCCCCCGACCCGAAGCGCAAUAGGUGCAAUCGCGCAGGCGACGAUCCCCAUGUGGGUUCAAACUGCUGUUAUGAUCGCCUUAAUAUUUGGCGGGUGUUGUUCGAACGUAAGCAGGAAUCCUCUUGAUGGCAAAAAAACCGCCCUGGCGGAACCGCAAACGGGUCACCUGCUUACGUUCGCACAAUUCCUGUUUGUUGCGGUUGAAGGCUUGAUUUACCAUUUUGAUGCCAGCUCCAAAACCCUGUUGAAGCCGAAUCAGAUUCCCAUCCACCGGUGGUUGAUUCAAAUAUUGUUGUACUUUUCCGUGUCAAUAUUGAAUAAUUAUGCGUUUGGGUACAGCAUUUCUGUGCCGGUGCAUAUUAUUCUCAGGAGUGGGGGGAGUAUGACUACUCUGGUCAUUGGAUGGCUGUGGGGAAAACGAUACAGUAAAGUCCAGGUUCUUUCCGUACUGAUACUAACUGUAGGAAUUGUUCUCUCGGCAUGGGGUGAUUCUAGAGGAGUCGGACAAACCGAGGAAUCAAUGACGAGGUUCAUAACAGGCCUUGCGAUAUUAUUCGUCGCGCAGGUGAUCUCGGCGUUCAUGGGAUUGUACAUUGAAGGGACAUAUACCCGUUACGGAAACCAUUACCGGGAGGGGCUAUUCUACUCUCACUUUCUCUCUUUAUUCCUCUUCAUCCCCUUCAUCCCUUCCAUCCAAACUCAAUACCACAAGCUUCUCAUAUCGCCCCCACUCUCCCUCCCAACAUCCCAAUUCCCACAGUUCUCGCAGAUUCAGAUACCCCGACAGGUGUUCUUCCUGCUCCUCAAUGCAGCCACACACUACGUCUGCGUCCGCGGCGUCAACGUCCUUGCCUCCCGGUCCUCCGCACUGACGGUGACGAUUGUUCUCAACAUAAGGAAGCUUGUGAGUUUACUGCUGAGCAUUUGGCUGUUCGGAAACGCUUUGGAUUGGGGCGUUGUGAUUGGGGCGGUGGUGGUUUUUGGCGGGGGGUUCAUGUAUGCUGCUGAGAGUCAGCGGAUUAAAGGGGUUCAGAAGAGGAAGAAGGCUCAGUGA